CGACGGAAGUGUACUUGACCAAGCGGAAGUAGAGGGUCUCCGAGGCUGGGAAGGUGAAGAGAGGAAGUGUGAAGCGAACCAGCUUCACCUCCCUCACUGAUUCAGCAUGGGGGAGAAGUCAGAAAACUGUCGGGUUCCAGAGGACCUGUUCAGUGGUUUGCAAGUUACAGAUCCCCAGGAAGCAGAAUGUGCUAGUCCUUCAGUUUCUAAUCCCAAAGAUCACCAGCCCCAGAGCAAGCUGCUCAAGGAUGUUGAGGCCCACCCCCAGGAGGACCAGGGAGAAGAGGAGCACUUUCAUGACUGCAGUGCCUCAUUUGAGAAGGAGGAACCAGGAGUGGACAAGGUUGAGAACAAACCUGAUGAUGAUGUGAAUUCCUCUGAACUCGACGAAGAAUACCUAAUAGAACUGGAAAAAAACAUGCCAGACGAAGAGAAACAGAAAAGAAGAGAAGAGAGCACUAGACUGAAGGAGGAGGGAAAUGAGCAAUUUAAGAAAGGAGAUUACAUAGAAGCCGAAAGUUCUUAUAGCCAAGCCCUUCAAAUGUGCCCAUCCUGCUUCCAGAAAGACAGGUCUAUUCUGUUUUCAAAUAGAGCUGCUGCAAGGAUGAAACAGGACAAGAAAGAGAUGGCCAUCAGUGACUGCAGCAAAGCCAUUCAGCUAAACCCCAGUUACAUCAGGGCCCUGCUGAGGAGAGCGGAGCUGUACGAGAGCACCGACAAGCUCGAUGAAGCCCUGGAAGACUACAAGUCCAUUCUAGAAAAAGACCCAUCAGUGCACCAAGCCAGGGAAGCUUGUAUGAGAUUACCUAAGCAAAUUGAAGAACGAAAUGAAAGGCUGAAGGAAGAGAUGUUAGGUUUUCCAUGGCUGUGUCUUCCAUUUCUGUCUGGAUGCAACUGCUGCUGCUUGAGGCAGAGAAAAAGAAAAUGAUUUGUCCUGAAACCGGUUUGGCUCAGUGGAUAGAGCAUCGGUCUGCAGACUGAAAGGUCCCAGGAUCGAUUCCGGUCAAGGGCAUGUACAUUGGUUGCGGGCACAUCCCCGGUAGGGGGUGUGCAAGGAGGCAGCUCGUUGAUGUUUCUCUCUCAUCGAUGUUUCCAGCUCUCUAUCCCUCUCCCUUCUUCUCUGUAAAAAAUCAAUAUAUUAAAAAAAAGAAAAAAAGAAAAUGAUGUGUUGGUUGCUUAAUGAAUAAAGGGAUCAGAAUAAAGAUCUCUGAUCAACUUAAAAAAAGAAAAAGAAAAUGACUGUGAAAAAGAAUCCUCACCAUAUGUAAAGGUGAAACAAAUGUAAAUGUGGAGUAUUUAUGCCAGAAUUCACGAUGUGACUAUUAUAGGAAGUAAAAGGAUAUUUUCUAUUAUUUGUGUUCCACGUGACAUAUGAAUUUUACCAAUGAUUCUAGCUUUGACUAAAUGAAACCUGUGUUUGUUCACUGAUAAGCUUUACAAAUUAUGAUACUUGGUCAGAUUUCUAGCAUUACCAAUCCAUCCUAUACCUAAAUAGGUAUCCCUUCUUGGAGUGAAGCUCAUAACCAUCAUCCAAAUUCCGUUUCCAAAGGAAUACCUCAAAGAAAACUAAAAAUGUUACCAACUACUAUUUUUAAAAAGCCAGACAUAUUGAUAAU